GCUCUUCCGAUCUGAUACAUUAAAAUGGCCGCCAAGUUCUUAGUACUCCUGUGCGCAGUAGCCACUGCCCGUGCUGGUGGUCUAUACGGCGCUUCAUACGCCGCCGCCCCGGUAGCAACAUACGCCGCAGGACCCGCCCUAAACUACGCCGCUGGACCCGCCCUGAGCUACGCCGCAGGACCCGCCCUAAGCUAUGCGACCGGUCCUGCUGUGAGCUACGCUGCCCCAGCUGUCAACUAUGCCGCACCAGUCACCACCUAUGCUGCAGCACCAGUCAUCAAGAGCUACGCCGCUCCCGCUGUAUACUCUGCCCCAGUGGCCUACUCCAGCCCAGUCGUCAAAUCCUUAACUUACUCCGCACCAGUUGUGAAAACAGUUGCCCCAGCAGUGUCAUCGGUAUCGUCUUACUCCACCCACACAUCUCAUGGAACCCCAGUGGUUGCUAAGGCUUUAGCUCCAGUUUCAUACGCCGCUUCCCCUGUGGCUUACUCUGCACCAUCAGUUGCGUAUUCCGCACCUUUGACUUACGCCGCUCAUGCCGCCCCAGUAGCCACGUACGCCGCUCAUGCUGCCCCAGUAGCCACGUACGCUUCCCAUGUUGCCCCAGUAGCCACGUACGCCGCCCAUGCAGCCCCAGUAGCCACUUACGCCGCACCUCUUGUGAAAUCCGCUGUAACAUACUCUGCUGCUCCAGCUGUCUCCCACGUCUCAUACAGUGGUUUAUCCGGUAACUACGGCUGGUGAUCUACUUGUACAAUAUAGUCUAAAAAGAUGUUUUGUAAAUUAUUAUUUUUUUACUUACACAAUUAAUAAAUUAUUUAAAAAACA